GUGUUUGACCAUUUAGUUCGACGACAACCUCCAUCAUUCCGCCAUGGCUUCAACCUCCAGCAUCGCCACCAUUCCCCGAUUCCGCUCCUCAUCUCCCCACUCUUAUCUCCACCCGCCGCGCUUCCUCAAAUUCACCUCUCAUUUUCAGGAGAAUGAUCUCCGCCGUCACAGGAUUUUCUGCGGAAACAAUUCCGAUCCCUCCUCAACUAAGGAGAAGCCUGAAUCCGGAAUUGAUGCCGCUGCGACUGAAACGACGUCGUCAGCUGGCGCUGAAUUGCCGGCGUAUCCAACUAAAGAUCUCAACCGCCGAGUUGCGGUGGCUUCUAUGCUUGGAGCAGUUGGAUUGUUCGCCUCUACGCGCUUGGACUUUGGCGGGACAUCUUUGAAGGAUCUGUCCGCCCUAGCAUUGCCUUACGAAGAGGCUCUUUCAAAUGGCAAGCCCACUGUUGUUGAGUUUUACGCAGAUUGGUGUGAAGUAUGUCGAGUGUUAGCACCGGAUGUCUACAAAGUCAAACAGCAAUUUAAGGACAAAGUAAAUUUUGUUAUGUUGAACGUUGAUAAUACAAAGUGGGAACAAGAGCUUGAUGAAUUUGGUGUUGAGGGCAUUCCCCAUUUUGCAUUUCUUGACAAAGAUGGUAAUGAGGAGGGGAAUGUGGUAGGCCGCCUUCCACGUCUGUACCUGCUUGAAAAUGUUGAUGCCCUGGCUCGGGGGGCAGCAAACGUGCCUCAUGCACGUGUUGUAGGACAAUAUUCAAGUACUGAAGCAAGAAAAGUUCAUCAAGUUGUUGAUCCGAGAAGUCAUGGAUAGGGAAUUUAGGAAUGUUUAGGCCAAACUGUUGGUAGUAAUUUUGUAGUCUGUCUUUCAUGGAAACCAGUGUCCAUAGGGUGCACCAGAACCAAAAUAUUUUUACACAACUUCACAAAAGCUGAUGGUUCAUCACAAAAUACUAUAGUUGCAGAGAAACAUCUUAUUUUAUUCAGAAAUCAAAUAUGCAAUAUUUGAACAAGAAUUGUGUAAGAAUUUGGUUUUUUAUAUUCACACUAUUAAAUAGUACAAAACUUUGAUCUGU